GCCUGUGGCCUGUGGGCGGGCGCGCAGGUUCACGCACACGCAAGGCGACGCCCCGCGGCGUGGAAUGCCCGUGGCCGCGGCGCUGAGGCGAAUGCUGCGGCGCGUGCUCGCCGGGCUACGGGCGCUGCACCCGCGGCCGCGCCGGCGCCGUGCUCCCGCGGCGGGGGGCAAGGCGAAGGUGACCGUGCGGCGGUUGGGGUCGAAUGGGAGAAAGGAGGCGGCGGGAACGCGUAGGGACGGCGGCGAUGGCGCGGGGGCGGCGGCGGAGGCGGUGACCAUCCGCGUGGCGACGUUCAACGCGGCCAUGUUCUCCAUGGCGCCGGCCGUGGCGGCGGCCGAGACAGCGGCGCCCGGUGGGGAGAGCGAAGGCGCGCGGCGGGGCGCUCCGGCUGGCGCCGGCGCGGCCGUCGGCGGUGGGCGGCGACCCAAGGGCAUCCUGAAGGCGCAGGCGAGCCUGGCGCGGUCGGUGAGCAAGGCGAGGGUGUCCAUCAACCUUCAGGACAACGAGAUCUCCCGGGAGAGGAGCAAGCUGGGCAGCACGGCGGCGAGGAGCGCCACCACCGCCGCAGCCAAGAAGUCGGCGCCGGCGACGCAGCAACAUCACCCGCAGCAGAACGGCGGCGGGGAAGGGCGGCGGCGGAGCGUGGAGGAGGUCCUGCGCGAGGUGCGCGCCGACAUCAUCGGGCUGCAGAACGUGCGCGCCGAGGAGGAGCGCGGGAUGAGCCCGCUGUCGGAGCUCGCCGAGGGGCUCGGCAUGCGCUACGUCUUCGCCGAGAGCUGGGCGCCGGAGUACGGCAACGCCGUCCUCUCCCGCUGGCCCAUCAAGCGCUGGAAGUCGCAGCGCGUCGCCGACCAGUCCGACUUCCGGAACGUGUUGAGAGCCACCAUUGAGGUGCCGAGAGCUGGGGAGGUCAACUUCCACUGCACACAUCUCGACCACCUCGACGAGAGCUGGAGGAUGAAGCAGAUGAACGCCAUACUGCGCUCCGGCGACGGCCCUCACAUCCUCGCCGGUGGCCUCAACGCCCUCGACGGCACCGACUACUCCGACGAGCGAUGGGCCGACAUAGUCAAGUACUAUGAGGAGAUCGGAAAGCCGACGCCGAAGGUGGAGGUGAUGAAAUUCCUGAAGGGGAAGCAGUAUGUUGAUGCCAAGGAUUUUGCAGGAGAAUGUGAAGCUGUGGUGGUUGUUGCCAAAGGGCAAGAUGUACAAGGGACAUGCAAGUAUGGCACAAGGGUAGAUUACAUACUGGCCUCACCAGACUCUCCCUACAAGUUUGUACCAGGAUCUUACACGGUUAUCUCCUCAAAAGGAACAUCUGAUCAUCACAUUGUUAAAGUAGAUGUAACAAUACAGGACACAAAAGAAACUGACGAAGAAAGCGGCGAACAGGGACAGAGAGUAGUCAAGAUAAACAAGAAGAGUUCAAAAAAGGGUUUAUGGGCAGCUAAAUGACAUUCUGAUUGAGUUCUGUUCAGUUCAUUCUCUCUCUCUCUCUCUCUCUUUUUUCUUUUUGUUUCUGGCAAAGGUCUUGUGGGUUGCUUUUAAUUGUGUAUACAGCUAGUAGUUGGAGUGAGAUUGAAGAAAUGUCAUGUAUGAGCGUAUGACCAAGAAGUGGAAGCAAUGUAUUUUGGCCUGGCUUCUCCUUUUUGUA